AUGUUAUUUAUUAUUUCUAUUUUUCUCAUAACUUUUGGAAAAUAAUCUCCUGAUCCUAAUGAUGCAUUUCUUAAUUAAUCAAUAGCAGUAAUGUUAGGAGGUUAAUAAAAACACUACUAUGAUAACAAUGUUGUUGUUCAUUCUUCAACUACAAAUCAAAAAAAUCAUUAUUCUUCAAUUUCACCUGAUUACUUUGAUGAUGAUGAAACUACAGAUUUUGUAGAAUAACUAUAAUCUUAUGAUUAUAAUUAAGAUAUUAACUUAAAUGAUUUAAGAGUAUCUAGAAUACACUCAGAUAUAAAUAAAAUUGAAAUAAUGCCCUUAAUAAUUCCUGAAGGAAAUAUGAGUAAUUAUGCAGUGAAAAAAUACUUAGGAGAAGGUACAUUUGCAUUUGUGUAAAGUGGUAUAAGAUUAUCAGAUGGUUUGUUGGUUGUUUUGAAAUAAAUAAAAUCUAAGUACCUUUGGUGGGCUAGAAUGGAAGCACAUAUUAUAGAUAUUUUAAAUGAAGAAAAGAAGGCAUCAAUUGUUAAAUUAAUUGAUAUGUAUAUGAAUAAUACAAGUCCUGUUUUAGUUUUUGAGGAAUUAUAAAACAGUAAAACACUUGAUUAUAGAAUAUAUUCAUUUUAUCAUGAUUUAAUUUUAGAAGAGAUAAAACGGUUUUAUUUAUAGUUAUUUUAUGGUCUUAGUAUUACUCAUUCAAAAGGAAUAAUGCAUUUAGAUAUAAAACCUUAAAAUAUUAUUGUUUCAAAUGAUGAUAUAUAAAUAAUUGAUUGGGGAGUAAGUGAUUUUUAUUAUCCAUUGAAAGAAUACAGAACAAGAGUAGGUACUCGUCAUUAUAGAGCUCCAGAAUAAUUGCUACAUUAUAAGCAUUAUGAUUAUGCAGUUGAUGUAUGGGCAUUAGGAUCAAUCUUAGCAUCUACAAUAUUUAAAAAGUAUCCUUUCUUUAAAGGAAGAAACAAUGAUGAUUAAUUAUUAUAGGUAGUUAAAGUGUUAGGUUCAUAAGAUUUAUUUUAGUUUUGUGAGAAAUACGACAUUAAAUUAAAUGAAAAAUUGAAAAAAACAUUGUAGGGAUAUGAAAGAUAAGCUUUGGAGAAUUAUAUUGAUGAAAAUAAUAGAGAACUUGUAAGUCCAGCAGUAAUAGAUUUAUUGAAUAAGAUAUUUGUUUAUGAUCACAGAAUUAGAAUAUCAGCUGAGGAAGUAUUGUAACAUGAAUUUUUUAGAGAAUGAA